CAAGACGGUCGCAAGACAGCCUGGGUUUCACGACGAGAAUUUAAAGGAGAUAAAGCAGAAAAUGGAUAAGGUGCCCGACCGCCUACCCUUUCCUGGUCGUCCCGUCUGCCAUCGCUGUCAGACUCUACUACGGGGUGAAGCAAUCCCAAACAGGCACAGGGUACACAAAUACAGGGUAAACAGGUACAAGGUAGAAAGACGAAUCCUGCCGUUACCCAAACCCCACGAGCAGCUCAAACCCCCAAGCUGUCGUAUCUGCUACCUUCUUGCUGACAUCAAGCACUCGUCAUUAUAUGCAACAUGUCGCGAUGAAGCAUUCCUUAGCAGUAGCCCUGAAGGCAUACUCAAAGUGUCUCGAGGCAAACAUGGUCCCUGGGGUAUAGAACCUUAUUUUAAUUUAUUUGGAUGGCUACGGGAAUGUUUGUUGUAUUGCCAUCAGUGGCAUGCCGAUUUAUUUUCGCACCUGCGGUAUGCAAGUAUGCAGCCCUUUCAUAUGUUUGGGGCGAUAACCCAACCCAUGUUCCCACCCCAAACAAGUUUUCACAGGUGGUUGUCGAUGCCAUCGAAGUCACCUUAUUGAUGAAACUUCGAUACCUUUGGGUUGACCGCCAUUGUAUCAACUCGAACGACGAAGCAGACAAACAUCAUCAGAUCUCUCAGAUGGGCAAUAUCUAUGCCAAUGCAGAAAUCACAAUCAUUGCUGCUGCAGGAACGGACCCUACCUACGGUCUUCCCGGAAUAAGCAGGCCCCGAAAACAACAUCCAGAUGGAUUUCCUUAUCUCAGCCAUCAAAUAAAGGAGUCCGUCUGGGCAAGCCGUGGUUGGACUUAUCAGGAAGGGUUCUUAUCACCAAGAAAACUUGUCUUCACCGAUUAUGAAGCCUCGUACCUCUGCGAUACAAUUUGCUUAGCUGAGCAUGCUCAAGACUCAAUGUCCAUAAUGGCAAGAGGUGUGGAUGAUCGUCUUAAAUCAUUUACGCUAUCUUACUCCGAAGAUGACAAAAUAAUAUAUAAAUAUAACAUGUACAGAGUCCACCAAAUGAUAAUCGAAUACAGCCGAAGACAACUAGGUUACCCUUCAGAUGCACUACAUGCAAUAAAGGGCGUUAUAAAGCUCCUAGAAAUCAAAGCGUUUACAUUAAUUUGGGGAAUUCCCAUACAUUACAACCUACCUAUGAUACACUGGUACCAUGAACAUCCAACUGAAAGACGCCCUGGCUUCCCCAGCUGGUCAUUCCUCGGCUGGAAUGGCCCCAUUCAAGUGCACCAGAUUCCCACCAGAUACUGCAUACAUUUCAAAGCAUCGUUAGGAGAUGGAGAAAACUUACUUUUCGGCGGAAAACGCAUGGCUAGCAUUGCUAGUGAACUAAGGGGACUUGGGGAAAAUGCACCUCGAUAUUUGCACCUGACAGGCUAUGUAGUUGAUCUGCCACUUAAAAACAUCCAGCAGACAAAGUCAGUACAGAACUCAGCUCGAAAGAUGAUCUGUGGUCACCAAGUCAUACCAGUACAGGAUACAGCACCUUCCAGCGGAAUAUAUGCGUCUCUAAAGAUGCGCCCCGGCCUUCGCAUCCUAGUUAAAACCAAUAUUGAUGAAAGCAAUUUUACGGCGUGCCACGUGCUCGGAUUCUUUAUCGGAACAGAUCUAGAGAAGGAUAUUGACCCGUCAAGUCGUGCAGAUUUCUUGCUAUUAAGACGUAGCGGCACGUGCUAUGAAAGGAUUGGUUAUUUAGCGUGGCGGUUGCGCCGAUUUUCCAACACAUUUUAUGACUAUGGGGAUUCCGUAUAUUUCAUAGAAUCUGAUGAUGUAUCAGAUGAAAUAAUAGAGCUUCCUAGGACACCAUUGUGGGCGGGGGAAGCUGAAAAGCGGACUGUUGUGGUAGGGUAACUUUGGGAAGUACUAAGAGGGUGUUUACCAGGCUAUCGUAUACAACAAACUACUUUAGCACUUAAAUAAUAGCUUUUAGGACAUCUCUAAUAAGAAUUAUUGUACAAACGUUGCUAUAAC